GUUGGCUGAACCACUGUCAAUCAAUCAACCUGCCAUUUGAUUCUUACACAGUGUUAAAAGGCUCAGAUGGUGACCUCUCAGAAGGGUAGCUUUCCCCCUCACCCUCAGUGAACAAUUCCAUUCGAUCCAGCAAUGGAGGGAGACUUCCAACGCCAUUAAUGGGAUGAAAAAGGAUUCACUGUGGAAUAAUUGAAUCACAAAAGUGUGCAGGAGGAAAAGGAUUCACUGUGAAGGCAGAGGAGGGAGCAAAGAGACUCUGUUUUCUGAGGCAAAGAACAAAAAAAGCACACACACACACACACUCACCCAAAAGCUUUAGUGAUUCCUUUCCAUGAUCUUUCAUGCUCGUAUCGUCAUCAACAUUUAAACUCGAUUACCUGCCCGCGAUGAUGGAGCUUCCAUCACAGGAUGCUUACUGUGCCAUUCCCCUUACAGUGACCACUCGAAGUCUGGUGAGAUCUUGUGAUCCAUGAACACCAAGGACAUCACAAGAUACACUUGUGUACGACUCUGAUGUGAGGCCCAACAAGUGCAGCAGCGUUCGAGGACAAAUGCCUGUUGCCGAUACUGGAUAUCCACAUCAAGUUUCAUGCCACAGGAACAGUAUCUCUUCCCACAUUCUGAGCCCCUUCAUGAAAUAAAACCUGGUUCUGUUACAGGUUUGUGUCACAGUUCACUGUUUGAUUCCUGGUGGUGAAGCAGAUGAGGAUGCAUGAGGCAUCAUACAAACACCUUUAAUACAACCCUGCAGCUGAGAUGGUAUUUGUUUUGAUCUGCUGAUAUGAUCUAAACCUGUUCUCUUGUUCCCUCUUUAAGACUCUUUUUGUAUCUCUACAGUUACUACUCUCAUCACCACCUUCAACACAUCGGAAAGCACUACUCUCUUGCAGAGGUACUGAUUCCAUAUGCCUCUGUUCCGUCACUCUCGUGUCUCUCCUCCAAAUCUGUUCAUGCUCUCAAUCUCCUUUCGGCGGACACUUAAGAAUGCCUGGCCUUCCUUUCAGCUCCAAUGAGCACAACUGAAGCCUCACAAAAUGGACCCUCGUCUUCUACUCCUCACCUUGCUUGCUCUCCUUGGUUCUUGCGCUUGCGCUUCCAUUCAUGGUGAUGCCUUGGCAUUAGCUUAUCUAAGAGAAGGCUUCCUUUCUUCCACCUCACAACUAGUGAGCUGGAACACUUCCAAUCUGCUAUCUGUCUGCUCCUGGUUCGGAGUUCGGUGCGAGCAUGAUCGCGUCGUCGGGAUCGACAUCUCUAACCUGAACAUAUCCGGCUCUGUUGCAAUGGACAUCUCUGGCCUUGACUCCCUCGUCAACCUCUCCCUUGCCGGGAACCAGCUUCACGGUGAGAUCAGAGUGUCGAACUUGCCGAGCCUUCGAUACCUCAACAUCUCUUCCAAUCAGUUCCACGGCGGGCUGGAUUGGAACUACUCGAGCCUGCCGAGCUUGCAGGUGUUCGACGCCUACGACAACAACUUCACAGCCUCGUUGCCGCUCGGCGUCCCAGACCUGAGGAGCAUCAGGUACUUGGACCUCGGUGGCAACUACUUCAAUGGCAGCAUCCCGGCGUGCUACGGGAGCUUAGCUGGUUUGAAGUACCUCUCGCUAGAUGGCAAUGAUCUCAGAGGUCGAAUUCCCAGCGAACUGGGCAAUCUCACGAGCCUCCGGCGGCUCUAUUUGGGCUACUACAACGUGUUCGACGGCGGCAUCCCAGUCGAGCUCGGCAAGUUGAUCCAUCUCGCCCAUCUCGACCUGUCGAGCUGCGGCCUCGGCGGACGAAUCCCCCACCAGAUCGGUUAUCUGAUCAACCUCGACACCCUCUUCCUCCACACCAAUCGGUUGUCUGGCCCGGUGCCGCCGUCGCUCGGCAACCUCACGAGGCUGGUCUUCCUCGACCUGUCGAACAACGAGCUCACAGGAGAACUCCCGCAGCAGCUCGCCGCGCUCACGGAGCUCAGCCUGUUGAACCUCUUCAUGAACCGGCUGCAUGGGCCGCUGCCGGCGUUCCUCGCCGUGCUGCCGAAUCUGGACACUCUGCAGCUCUUCGUGAAUAACUUCACCGGCGGCGUACCGGAGAAACUCGGCGGCAGCGGCCACAUCCGCGUGCUCGACCUUUCGUCGAACGAGCUUACCGGUACGAUUCCCGCAAACCUGUGUCCAUCGAACGGGCUCCAAGUUCUCAUCCUCUUCAGGAACUUCUUCUUCGGUCCCAUCCCUGAGAGCUUGGGCAUGUGCUUGAGCCUAACGAGAGUGAGGCUUGGUCAGAACUCUCUCAAUGGAAGCAUUCCUUCAGGAUUCCUGUACUUGCCGCAGAUCAACCUAUUAGAGCUCCAAGACAACCACCUCUCCGGUCCGAUGCCCGAGAAUUCCAACACUAGCCGGAGACCAACCCAACUGGUCCACCUAAACCUCUCAAACAAUUCGCUCACCGGUUUUCUUCCUUCCUCGAUCCGCAGUCUAUCUUCGAUCCAAACCUUCCUUCUCGGCCGCAACCAGUUGACCGGUCUGAUCCCCAGCGCCAUCGGCUCCCUGAGUCACGCAAUUAAGCUCGACCUUAGCUGCAAUGGCUUAUUGGGCUCGAUCCCACCCGAGAUCGGAAACUGCACCCGGCUCACCUACCUCGACCUCAGCCAGAACAACCUCUCUGGCCCCAUUCCGCCGGAGAUCGCCGGAAUCGGGGUGCUAAACUAUCUGAAUCUUUCGCGCAACCAACUGAACGGGUCGAUACCGAGGUCGGUCGCCGCGGCGAUGAGGAGCCUCACGGCGGCCGAUUUCUCCUUUAACGAUCUCUCCGGCUGGCUGCCGGACUCGGGGGAGUUAGCCUACUUGAACGCCACCUCCUUUUCCGGCAACCCCAAGCUCUGCGGACCGGGUUCGAACAACUCGUGCGACUACGUGGCGGGGGCACCCCGGUCCGGACGCUCCCACGGGGACUUCGAGCUGGCCCUUGCGCUGGCGCUUGUCCUCAGCUGCUUCGCGCUUGCGCUGGCGGCGGCGGGGCGGGCCAGGUCGCAACGUGGCGGGUCCGACGGGGCCACGUGGCGGCUCGCCGCCUUCCACCAGGUGGAUUUCGGCGUGUCGGAUGUGCUGGAGUGCAUGAAGGAGGGUAACGUGGUCGGGCGCGGCGGCGCGGGGGUGCUGUACCGCGGCCGGACCCGUGCCAACGGCGAUAUUGCAGUGAAGCGGCUGGUGAGCCUGGGAUCGAACGGGCACGACCGCCGCUUGGUCGCCGAGAUCCAGACGCUCGGCAGCAUCCGGCACCGGAACAUCGUCCCCCUGCUCGCCGUCUGCUACAUCACGGGGAAGACCAACGCGUUGGUGUACGGGUACAUGAGCAACGGCAGCCUGGGGAAGCUGCUGCACGGCGGAGGGGGCGAGCGGUUCGGCUGGAGAAGACGGUACAGGAUAGUGGCGGCGAAUAUCGAGGGACACGUGGCGGACUUGGGGCCGGCCAAUUUCUUGCUCCACGGCGGUGGCUCCGAGUGCAUGUCCGCCACCGCUGGUUCCCACGGCUACAUCGCUCCAGAGUAUGCGUGCGCUCUCAAGGUGGAUGAGAAAAGUGAUGUCUACACCUUCCGGGUGGUCCUGCUGGAGCUCAUCACCGGGCGGCGGCCGGUCGGAGGAUUCGGGGACGGCGUCGACAUCGUUCAGUGGGUAAAGAGGACCACAAGUUGCAGCGGGGACAAUGUUGGACGCAUCGUGGACCUAAGAUUUUGCAGAAUGCCGACAAUGGGGGAGGUGACGCAUGUCUUCUCUGUUGCCAUGCUGUGUGUCCAAGAGAACGGUGUCGAGAGACCAACGAUGAGGGAGGUGGUGCAGAUGCUCUCUGAAGGAGAGCAGAGGACCAACCUCCAUUCUCCUCAUCAUCAUCCUCCUCUUGUAGGAGAGCAGAGCAGCGGCGAUAGGGAGAACAAAUGCUUGAAGCCAUUUCCAGACCUCUUGGCCUAGUGAUCAGUGAGAUGCAAGAGUUCAUAUUCCUUCA